UUUUCCCUUUCACGAAACUUGGUCACACCCGAAUUCGGGGCCAAAUAGAAAUAAUAAUUUAUUAUAAAAUAAACAGUUCGCGGAUUGAAGUAGUUUCUACUUGGACUUGAGCAACAAAAUGCACCUGACGCUGAUCAAUUUGUUCAAGAAGACUGUGCCCGGUCACAUAUUCCGGGGCAAGCGGCGCCUGGUGAAGCCGGUCAGCCAGCGAGCAAUGGACACCCUCACCCGCGAGUACGAGCGCCAGGAGCAGGUAAUGCUACUCCUUCGACACCCGUAUCUCACCCUGGAGCAGUCAUUCGGUCACGCCAAGGAGCUGCAGAAGCGCGACAAGCUGGUUGCCAGGUGGACGGACGAGCAGACACUGCGCAAGAUGAAGCCACACGUUACCAUCGAGGAGCGGCUGAACCAGCUGAAGAUCAAGGAGGCCUGGGACUAGCCGUCGUCACAGCUUCUAAGCCGGCGUUACUUGUUAAAUAAAUCUAGAUGUUAUGGAAAUUAUAUAAUGCCUGCUGGACAAGAAUAGUCGUUUCGUCACCCGA